AUGUCUGGUCACCCUAGACCAAUGGAGCCCUCUCUGAUCUUGAGCAAGAAGGGCCAGGUGCAGCCAGUGGAGGAUUCGCCCUGCAUCCAGGAGCCCUUGGGUGCUAACUCUCAUGGUGUCAGCUAUGUUAACCCCUUCCUGGCUGCCGGGUUUCUCUGCCUUCGCAUUGUCACCCCAGGCAAAUGGGGCGGCCGACCCGCCAACUGCUCUUCGCCUCUCAAGGCAGUGCAGACUGGGUACGUCAUUGUCCUCCACACGGCCGGCGGCAGCUGCAAAACGGGGGCUGAAUGCAACCAGCAGAUGACGAAUAUCCAGCAUUACCACAUGAACAACAAGGGCUGGUGCAACAUUGCCUACAACUUCCUGAUUGGUGAGGAUGGGAAGGUGUACGAAGGCAGAGGCUGGAAUACAGAAGGCGCUCACACUUAUGGUUACAAUGAUAUCUCUCUGGGCAUUGCCUUUAUGGGCGACUUUACAGGAAGGUCUCCCAACGCAGCGGCCUGGAUAGCUUUGAAGCACCUGCUCCACUUCGCUGUCGAGAAUGGCUACUUGUCUUCUGACUACCUCCUCAUGGCCCACGGGGACGUCAGCAAUACCAUUUCUCCCGGGCAGCCCAUCCGCAAGGUCCUCAAGACGUGGCCACAUUAUAAACACUGA